AUGUCUACUUCGUUUAAUUUUGUCUCAUGGAAUUGCAGAGGUGGUAUCACUUUUGCAAGAAAACAACGUCUUUUUCGUUCUUUUGUGUCUAAGCAUAAUCUGUCUAUUAUGGGGCUGAUUGAGUCAAAAAAAGAAAGUUUUGAUGAUUUUGCUAUCAGGAGAUUGUGGCCUUUUAAUGAUUUUGAUUAUUGUUUUGUUCCUUCAAUUGGUGCUUCGGGUGGUUUACUUUGUAUUUGGAAUGCUACUACUAUCAAACCAACUAGAAUUAUCAAAUCAUCGAGAUGGUUAAGCUUGGAAUUUCCUUGGUGUUCUUUUGUCAUUCGCUUUGUUUUGGUUUAUGCGAGUAAUUGCCAAAGGGAAAGAGCACAGCUUUGGGAUGAUUUGUUACCUGAAACUCAAACUGAAAAUGUUUGCUUCUUAGUUGGCGAUUUUAAUGAAAUUCUCAAUGUUUCGGAAAGCCUUAAUCAGCGUGUUUUGACUUCAUCCAUGGUCGAAUUUUCUGAGUUUAUUUCAGCUUCCUCUUUGGCUGAUUUUCAUUGGCCUGCUCUUCUUCUCAAAGCUUUGCCUCGUUCAUUCUCGGAUCACGUUCCGCUCUUGUUUAACUUAGAGAUUUCUCAAGAUUGGGGUCCUAAACCUUUCAAGUCCAUUAACGCUUGGUGGUCUCAUCCAGAUUUUAAUGACUUCGCUGCUGCUUCUUGGGCUUCUAUUGCCAUCAGACUUCCGAAUGCAAACCUGGUUACAAGAUUGAAGAAAUUUAGGCAGUGUAUUAAAUCCGGAAAUCAUGAUACUUUUGGUGAUUUAAAUGCCAAAAUUAAUUCAGUUCAGCUUGAUAUUCAAACUCUAGAGACGGAUUCGGAGACUAGAGAGCUGUCAGUUAUAGAGACAACCAAACUUUCAGAGUUGUAUUCGGAUUUUGCUUUCACGACCAAGCAAUUGGAUUCUCUUUGGUUUCAAAAAUUGAGACUCAAUUGGCACCUUCACGGGGACAAGAAUUCCAAAUGUUUCCAUACCAUGGGUUCGGUUAAUUCUAAGGGCAACUUUGUUUCAAAUAUUGUGGUGGAUAAUAUUUGUUACUCUGAACCGCAGGAAAUUAAACUCAAACUUCAUUCGUUUUUCAAAAAACAAUAUACGAGUAACCCGGUUGUGCUUUAUUGCUUAUACUCUCUGAUCAUCAAUCAGUUAUCGGAUGCGCAGGCAAGUUCUCUUACCUGCACUUUUACUGAAGAAGAAAUUCGCUCUGCUCUAUUUAAUAGUGAUGACAAUAAAGCCCCAAGGCCGGAUGGUUUUAACAAUUUCUUCUAUAAGAAAUCUUGGAGUUUUAUGAAAAAGGAUUUCUUGGAUUUAUUUUUGAACUUUCAUCAUUCGGGCUAUUUUCCUCACGGUCUCAACACUGCUUUCUUUGUUCUUAUUCCUAAAAUUAAAGGAGCCACUGAUGUGAAAGACUUUCGUCCAAUUAGCUUCAUUAAUGGGGUUUUUAAACUUCUCUCAAAUGUAUUGGCUAAUAGGCUAUCUCCUCUCCUUCCAUCGGUUAUUUCGGAGAAUCAAUUUGGUUUCAUAAAAGGGAGGAACAUACACGACUGUCACAUGAUAGCCUCCGAGUUAAUUCAUUUAGUGAAGCGUCGAAAGGAAGAGAUUUUCCUUAUCAAGCUUGAUUUCAAAAAAGCUUUUGAUUCGAUUUCUUGGGAUUUUAUACUCAAGAUGCUCACUCGGAUGAAUUUCGGCAUUACUUGGAUUAAUUGGAUCUCGGGUCUUUUGAAAUCUGCCCAAGUUUCAGUUCUAGCAAACGGGAGUCCUUCCGAGAAUUUUUAUAUGGGCAAAGCGGUGGAAGGUUUGAAAGCAAUCUUAGAGGAAGCAACUGUUCAAGGGCUGAUUGGUGGAGUUAAAGUUGGCGGGUCUGUUAAUCCAAUCUCAUUGUUACAAUUUGCAGAUGAUACACUCCUUUUUAUGCCGAAUGAUUUGGUUGCUGCUGUUCUUAAAUGUAAGAUAGAGUCUUUACCUAUAACUUAUCUCGGCUUACCUCUAUCUUUCAAAGCUGCAAAUGCCAAGUUAUGGGCUCCGGUCAUGAACAACUUUCCGAAAAAACUAUCUGUUUGGAAAGGAAAUCUUUUAUAUCUGGCCAGAAGACUUGUGCUGAUCAAAUCGGUAUUGAGUAGUUUACCGGUUUAUUUCAUGUGUUCUUUCCACACUCCGAAAGCUGUUUUGUUAUCUCUUGAACAAUGUAUGAGAAAAUUUCUUUGGGGUGGUUCUUCUUCUAGUUUGAGUUUUAGCAAAGUGGCUUGGCAUGAUGUUCGUCUUCCUCGUUAUCUAGGGGGUUUAAAUAUUACUCCCCUAAGCAUCAAGAACAAAAGUUUACUCUACAAGUGGAUUUGGAAGUCGAUUAUUGUUGAUAAAACCUCUCUUUGGUUUCUUUUGGUAAAAAAUAGCUUAGAAAUCUCCUCUUGGAUUGAUUUGGAGAAUCAUGGUAUUUCUAAGCUCUCUCAUUUUUGGAAGGGUAUUCAUAAUUCUGGUGUUAAAGAUGAUAUCUCAUGGUUGGGUGAUGAUUUGCUUCAAACCAAGUUUAGUAAGCUUUACUCAGUUUUAAGGCAACAUAACGUUACUGUUUCAUAUCUUCUGGCUGUAGAUAAUAGUACCAUCUCCAAUUUUUGCUGGUUAAGACGUCUUCGUGUGGGUGAGGAACACGACUUCAGGCAGCUGCAAUCUCUUCUUUCUUCGGCUGUGGUGGACAACAAGAUAGAAUCUCAUCGAAGGCAUCUCUUGUUCUUCGCGGAAUCAUUCAUGAAUCUCAAGCUUUUUGCUCGGUUUGUUCUUUGCUUGAAACAGCAAGAAAUAUGGAGAUUUGGGAAAAAGUAUAUGCUUUCAUUGCAUUUGGGAUAUUUGGAAAGAAAUGACGUUUCAAGAAGUUUAGAUUCCUUUACGGACUUUACUUAG